GUUAUCAGCUGUUUCCUCGUUUACUGGGCUUAUGAAAUCGAAUUGUGAGAUAAAAAUGUAAGUUGAUUCCUAACAGAGAAUUCCUAAUAUCAUUAACUUUACGUAGAAUAACGUUGUUUAUCAAAGUAAGGUAUGUCAGUUCCAUAUAAAAGAUUUCUUAAAGUUCUGGAGAAGUGGCCGACAGACAAAACAAAAGUGGGCAGGGACUUGGGGGAGCAGAUACGAAAACAAGUCAAAAUUCUCUCUAAUCCAGCUGGCCUUACUGCCGAGGCCAAUAUCGAAUUAAAUGCACAAAUUGAUUCUUUAGAAAGAUUAGCUAGCAAUAUAUACGCUAAGAAAUAUCAGCGGAGGUACGCUUCUACUGCAACAGGAUUGUCAGCGGAACAGUGCAGUCAAGUGCUGUCGUCUGAAUUUUUACAGUACCUCAAUGACGAAAAAGUAGGCGAAAAGGGCAAAAGCGAUUAAAAUACGGUACAAAAAACUGUAAACCAAAACAAACAUUAGUUUAUAAUUUGCAAGGGACCCUUUUCCAAAUAUCUUAUUAUUAAUAAUGUUUCGUCGAAUUAACCAAGCCUUAAUAUAUUUGAGGUCUAACUACAACACUGCGGCGAAUAGCCCUGAUGGACAAAUAGUUAGACAUGUACCUGUGCUCUGCGAGCAAGCAAUUACCUAUCUUAACCUAGGUCCUGGAAAAGUUUUUAUUGACAUGACUUUUGGGGCCGGUGGUCACAGUAAACACAUUUUAGAAAAACAUAAAGAUAUAAAAGUAUUCGCUCUUGAUCGAGAUCCGGUUGCUUAUGAACUCGCUAUUUCCUUAAGUAAAGAAUAUUCAAAUCGACUAAUACCACUAUUGGGAAAAUUCUCCGAUUUGCCGAAGCUUUUAAAAGAGUAUAAAAUAAAAAAACACUCCAUUGAUGGCAUACUGUUUGAUUUCGGUUGCUCUUCGAUGCAAUUUGACGAAGCGGAUCGAGGCUUUUCUAUUUCUAAAAAUGGUCCUUUGGACAUGCGCAUGGAUCGAGGACGAAAUGGUGACCAAGUUACAGCCGCAGAUGUUCUUGCUCGUGCCGAGGAAGGUGAUCUAGUGAAAAUAUUGCGAAUGUAUGGUGAAGAGAAAGCAGCGAAAAAAAUAUCUCGUGCGAUCGUAGAGGCACGCUGUUUUUAUAAGAUUGAUACUACCAAACAGCUCUCUGAUUUAGUGGCCUCGUGUCUUCAAGAUACACAUCGUUUGGACAAAAUUCAGCGGCCUACACACGUAGCCACAAAGACGUUUCAAGCAUUGCGCAUAUUUAUUAAUAAUGAAUUAAAUGAGAUCAAUUAUGGAAUGAUUUUAGCUAAUGAGUAUUUGAGACCCCAAGGCCGACUUGUCGCUAUAACCUUUCAUUCACUUGAGGAUACAAUAGUAAAGCGACAUAUAAACGGGAAUGUAAUCGAGGGCCUUGCGAAUCCAGUGCCGUUGAAAUAUUGUGGGCAUGAUAUAUCACAUGAUAAGGAAUUAAUUGAAUUGUUUGUAGGAUCGAAUUGGAAGCAGCUGCAUAAACACGUAAUCCUUCCUAACGAAGAGGAAGUGAUGAAAAACAGCAGAAGUAGGUCUGCUAAACUGCGAGCUGCAAUUAAAGUAUAAUGACACUGUUGGAAAGAAAAUAAUAAAUUUUAAAAUAAAUAAAAAAAUAUUUAUUUAAGUAAUUAGAUACAAUUUUUUAGAUGUUGCACAGAACUCAAAUUGUAACAGAUUGUGGAAAGGAAUGAAAAUAAAAUGAAUUUAAAAACACA